AAUUCAUGUUCCUUCUCCUCUCAUUCUAUUCAUUUCUCUCAGAUCAAAAUGUGCGGUGGUUCUAUCAUCUCUGAUUUCAUACAAGUCGAUAUCAAGAAUGUUCCAGAAUCCACCACCCAUCGCCUCUUCUAUCAGCUCCACACUUUCAACGCCACCUCUUCUUCCACACUCAACAAAGUGGAGGAGCCAUGUGAGAAGCUCAAGAACAGCAGAGUAGUUGCUCAGAAGGCUGGUGCGCGAGUACGGAAGAAUGCCUACAGAGGAAUCAGGCGAAGGCCGUGGGGCAAGUGGGCUGCCGAAAUAAGGGACCCACGCAAGGGCGUUCGCGUGUGGCUCGGCACCUUCGCCACCGCGGAAGAAGCCGCACGCGCCUACGACGCCGCCGCCGUACGCAUCCGCGGACACAAGGCCAAGCUCAACUUCCCCGACCAUCACCGCCACCCAUCCAACAUCAACAACAACAACCCAUGCCUCAGCCCCGAGUUGACUCAGUCGUGUUAUCAACCUAGUCUUAAUAACCUCGACCACGACCCUCAACUCGCGCAACAGAUUUCCAACCUGGAAUCGUUUCUUGGUUUGGAGCACGAACAGCUUCCGAUGCAGCCGCUGCCACUUCCUGAGUGGGACCCGCUCCACGACGUCGUUUUGUCCAACCACCACCUCUUCUGAAACCUUGUUGCUGCUGCCAUGUUUCAAAUUUGCCUCUGUAAAAUUUAAUCUUACAUGCUUUUCUUUGUGUUCCUGAAUUCCUGCUUCUGUUUUACUUUUAUGUAUAAAACUUUUCAUAUCAUCGUAUAA